UUGGAUUCGAGCAGGAACGCUUAUGAAUUCACUCUUGAACAAGGUUCCAAAGACGGAAUACCAUAUCACGUUAGAAAAUGGGCUCUGUGUUUUACCUUCUCGUUCUGUGGGUAUCUGUGCAGGCAUUCGCCCUCGUGAGAUCCAGCGCCACCGUGGAGUUCAAGUUCCAGCGUUGGAGUAACCCUGAUCACUCGGAGUUGGCUGGCGGCUGCUGUGAUCCCGGUUGGAGUUGUGGAUCUUGUGACAACUAUUUCAUCGUCUGCCUCGACGAUCUUCCCGGAUCGAAUGAUUACAGUGACUGUGGAAUAACAACAAUAGAGACUGCUGUAGUAUAUGGCGACGACGAUGAGUUUGAUUUCCCUUCAAUGAUACCCAACAACAUUCACAAUCCCCGGGAAACAAGUGUCGCUAGCUGGCAGGGAGGAAUGCGAGUUAAGCUCCAGGUCUGGGAUGAAGACAGCAACGAUGACGAUAAAAUCGAAGAAGAUUUCAAGGAUAUCACCCAAAGCGCCUCUGCUUCACAGUCUGGUGCCCAGUCGGUAGUAUAUACCAUGGGGACGCAUUCAGUGUUCACAUAUGGAGUGAAGGUGUACUGCAAUGAGAACUACUACACGUCCGACUGCAGCGUGUAUUGUGUCCCUACGGACAACCAGAAUGGCCAUUAUACCUGCGACGCCACCACAGGAGCCAAGAUUUGCUACAAUGGCUGGGAAGGAGAUACUUGCACCGAAGAUAUCGACGAAUGUCAGUCUACACCGUGUCUUCAUGGGUCCACAUGUAACAACCUAGGCAAUCAAUUUUCCUGCAACUGCGCAGAGGGUUGGACAGGGGAUACAUGCCAGACAGAUAUCAAUGAAUGCCUGAAUUCCUUUUGCGUCCAUGGUGUCUGUGUUAAUGAGGAUGGAGGAUUCUUUUGCGACUGUGAAAUCGGCUGGACUGAUCGUCUCUGUGAUGUGGACAUAAACGAUUGCGAGUCUGGUCCCUGUAAGAACGGUGGCACGUGCAUUGACUAUCUGGGGUAUUUCAAUUGCUCCUGCUUCCCUGGUUACACCUACGUGGACGAGUUAUGCGAGAUGGACGACUGUGCCGACCGGCCCUGCCUCAACGGAGCCACCUGCGUCGACCUGAUCGGCAACUUCACCUGCGAUUGCCUGACCGGCUACGAAGGGGACCGCUGCGAGGCAGAUAUCGACGAGUGUGCCAGCGGCCCCUGUCGAAACAACGCCACCUGCAUCGACGGGAUGGGUCGGUUCAACUGCAGCUGCGCGCCCGGCUUCGAGGGGGAACACUGCCAGACGGACAUCGACGAAUGCUCUCCCAGUCCCUGUUGGGAUGGUGCAACAUGCGUUGACCAGGUGGACGGAUUCCACUGUCUUUGUCCGGCCGGGAUGGAGGGGGCUCUGUGCCAGGUGGAAACGGACGAAUGCGCAAGCAGUCCUUGUGAGAACAAUGCAACAUGUGUCGAUCACCUCAGUUACUUUGAAUGCAGCUGUGGGAUUGGUUACUUUGGCGAACUGUGCGAGAUUGACAUAGAUUUUUGCAUCAACCAAACUUGUGCGAACAACGGCACGUGCGUGGACCGACUAGACGGGUUUCAUUGCCUGUGUGACAAGGGCUACGAAGGAAACAUGUGUGAUGUAGAGACUGACGAGUGCGCGAGUGGUCCGUGCACGAACGAAGCAACUUGUUACGAUUUAAUAGCCGAUUACAGAUGCACCUGCAAGGACGGCUACGAGGGCAAAGACUGUGAGCUUGAGACGAAUGAGUGUGAUAGUUCUCCUUGUUACAACGGCACCUGUGUCGACUUGCUGAAUGGCUUUCAUUGCAAUUGUUCGGCUGGGUUUGAGGGAAUUCUCUGCCAAGUAGACACAGAUGAAUGUGCCAGCACGCCUUGUCUACAUGGCAACUGCUCCGAUCACGCCAAUGGCUUUUCGUGUGACUGCGUCCCUGGCUACGAAGGAGAGCACUGUCAAUACAACACUGACGAGUGCGCUAGCUCGCCCUGUCUAAACGGUAUGUGUGUGGAUCUGAUCGACAGUUUCUCUUGCGCGUGCUCUCCUGGCUACGAAGGGAUGACCUGUGAAUUGAACAUCGACGAAUGCGCCAGUUUUCCCUGUCUGAAUGGCACUUGUGUCGACCACGUCAAUGGUUUUGUCUGUAACUGCUCAGCUGGGUUCGAGGGAAACCUUUGCCAGAUCAACAUUGACGAAUGCUCCAGCUCUCCUUGUCUUCACGGCACCUGCUUCGAUUUGGAAGCUGGCUUUUUCUGCACGUGCAGUCCUGGCUAUGAGGGUGAGCUUUGCCUGUAUGAGACCCAAGAAUGUGCCAGUUCCCCGUGUCUCAACGGCACAUGUGUCGAUCUUGUCGACGGCUUUGUCUGCAACUGCACCGCUGGUUUUGAGGGCAUCCUGUGCGAGAUUGACAAGGAUGAGUGUGCCAGUUCUCCGUGUUUCUACGGUACGUGCGUGGACCAAGUUGACGAGUUCUCCUGUACCUGCACUCCUGGUUUCGAGGGACCAACUUGCGAACAUGAAAUGGACGAGUGCGACAGCUCGCCGUGUCUUAAUGGUACUUGUGUGGACCUAGUUGGUGCCUUCCAGUGUAACUGCUCGGCAGGCUACGAUGGCCUUCUUUGUGAGAACGAAAUAAAUGAGUGUCAAAGCACGCCAUGUUUGCAAGGUUUCUGUGAGGACGAAAUUGACGGGUUCUCCUGUGUCUGCACGCCUGGCUUUGAAGGGGCACUUUGUGAGCAUGACAUUGAUGAGUGUAAUAGCUCGCCUUGUGUGAACGGCACCUGUGCUGAUUUGGUGAAUGGAUUCUCGUGCAAUUGCACGGAGGGGUACGAAGGGGAUUUUUGUGAUAGCGACACAAACGAAUGCGCGAGUAAUCCAUGCUUGCACGGUACCUGUGCCGACUACAUAAACGGGUACUUAUGUACGUGCAGUGCUGGUUACGAGGGGACAAAGUGCGAGGUUGACACUGAUGAAUGUAGCAGCUCUCCGUGUCUAAAUGGUACAUGCUUUGACGCCAUCAAUGGUUUUCAUUGCAACUGCACACCUGGGUUCGAGGGGAAGAGGUGUCAGCAUAACAUUGACGAGUGUGGCAGUUUUCCAUGUGUACACGGAACAUGUGUUGAUGACGUCGACGCCUUCUCUUGCAUCUGUCUGCCAGGAUUUGAAGGCACACUCUGCCAAAAUGACAUCCAAGAGUGCGAUAGCUCUCCUUGUGCAAAUGGCACGUGUGUUGAUCUGGUAGAUGGGUUCCGCUGCAACUGCACCGCCGGUUUUGAAGGUCGCCUGUGUGAGACUGAGACUGACGAGUGCGCUAGUUUACCUUGCGUACACGGAAGCUGUUUGGAUGGUCUUAAUGGUUUCACCUGUAUGUGCGAGCUUGGGUUCGCAGGCACACUCUGCGAUAGCGAGGUUGAGAACUGUGCCGACGCGCCGUGUGUGAACGGGACGUGCGUCGAUAAAGGACCGUACAAUUUCUUCUGCAAUUGCACAGAUGGUUUCGAGGGACAAAGAUGCCAGACUGACAUUAAUGAAUGCGUCAGUGCGCCGUGCAUGCACGGCUCCUGCGUGGACCUCAUCAAUGGCUUCUCCUGCAGUUGUUCCUCAGGGUUCGAGGGUGAUUUGUGUCAGCAGGAGAUAAACGAAUGUCUGAGCUCCCCUUGCGUCAACGGCACGUGUGUUGACCUCUUGGACGGGUUCUUCUGCAACUGUACGGCGGGUUACGAGGGUGUCACAUGUGAGCUUGAGACCAACGAAUGCGGGAGCUCACCCUGUGCACACGGCACAUGCGUAGAUGAACUGGACGGGUAUGCUUGUCGGUGCGAGCUUGGGUUUGAGGGUGUGCUGUGCCAGAUCGACACAGACGAGUGCGCUAGCUCCCCGUGCCGGAAUGGCUCGUGUGUCGACGAGGUUGAUGGGUUCGCCUGCGAAUGCUGGCCGGGAUACGAGGGUGAGCUGUGCCAGAUUGAGAGAGACGAGUGUGCCAGCACACCCUGCGUGCACGGUACGUGCCUCGAUCAGGUCAACGAGUUCGUCUGCGAGUGUCUGCCUGACUACGAGGGAAUACUGUGUGCGGAUCUGAUCAACGCGUGUGACAGUUCACCGUGUCUGAAUGGCACGUGCGUUGACGAGGACGGAAUUGGUCAAUACAGAUGUGAAUGUAUGCCGGAAUGUGUGAAUGGCGCCUGUGAGGAUGGACUGUGCCAAUGCGAGGCUGGGUACGAGGGUGAUAACUGCAGCAGGCAGAUAGACUUCUGCUUUAGCUCGCCCUGUUCAGGAGGAUCUUGUCUUCCGAUACUGAACGGAUUCAGCUGCGAGUGCGACCCGUUCCAUGAGGGCAAACACUGUGAGAAUCCCGUGGACAAUCCUUGCACUCUGUCACCUUGUAAGCACGGUACCUGUGAAACAGACAAAGACAACAAACUUGGCUACGUUUGCACUUGUUCCGACGACUAUUAUGGAGACAGCUGUGGUGUUGAGUUGAAAAUUUACGGCUGCAUUAUCAUACUCAUUGGUAAAGUCAACGAACUGAAGUUUGAAACAAACAUGGCAGGAGUACUGCAGAUCUUACUGUCACCUCUCAGACGCAGCGUUGAUGACGUAGCUGUGGAUAUUGUGCAGCUAGAAGACUACACUGCCGUUAACACAGGGGAAGCGCUCACACAAGUCACGUACGUCGCCAAGCGAGGAGAUGACUACCUCCCAAGAAUCACAGUUGAGGAGAAGAUGAUGGAGGUAGACCGGGACGAGAUAGACAAAGACCUUGGCUACGAGGUUUACUACGGUGAGGCUAUUCCCCGAUCCGAGGAACAGAGCUGGAUUCAAUCCAACUGGUACCUAGUCGUCGGCGUCUGUGUGUUUGUUCUUGUUGUCUUGAGCAUUGGCUUCGGAAUAAGAUGGCACAUGAACAACCGCGAAGAGUCCAUCCAAUUUGAUGCGGAGGAAGCCAAGGGGUCAACGGGUAAAGGACCGAGGUCAUACUACCACGUGCUGCAAAACUCGAUGAAGAAGUCCCACACAGAAGUUGAGAACCCCACCUCCGAGGUGAUGAAAAUCGAAGGCUUCAUGGACUGCGUUGGCACGGACGAUAAGGCAUCUGGUGAAGAUGAGACUUGUUUUUUCACUACGAAUAAUUUUAUGCCCGGACAACCUUUAGCAAAUUAGAGAUGGAUGCUUGAAA